AGCAACUCGAAGCUUCUACCCUCCUCACCAUAUCCAUCUCUCCAUUAUUCGACCCUCUCCUCAUCCCGGCCCCAUGCAUACACCUUCAGCACCCAUUUUGUACAGUUUCGCUGAUCCCAACAACCUCGUCGACUCUCUCGCCCGUUUCAUUAUUAAGGCCCAGAAGGAGUCCAUCGAGAAGAAGGGCAGGUUUACCAUCGCCAUCUCUGGCGGAUCUCUGGCUCAACAACUCAAUGGCUUAAUCGGCAAACCGGGUGUGAAGUGGGAAAAGUGGCAAGUCUUCUACGCCGACGAGCGUGUUGUUCCUCUCGAUCAUGAAGACUCAAAUCACCGACUUUGCAACGAUGAGCUCUUAAGCAAAGUCCCCAUUCCUCGACAAAAUAUUCACACCAUCGAUUAUUCCCUCGCCGACGACAUCGAAGAGCUCGCAGAUGCAUACGAGAAAGAACUUAUCCGCGAAUUCGCCCAAAAAGACGCUGCACGUUUCCCCGUCUUUGACCUCAUCCUCCUCGGUGUCGGCCCUGACGGUCACACUGCAUCUCUCUUCCCCGGUCACGAACUCCUCUCAGAGGAGGAUCGAUGGGUUGCAUAUAUCACCGAUAGCCCCAAACCCCCACCGAAGCGCGUCACGCUGACGUUCCCUGUUAUCAAUCACGCAGCCCGUGUGGCUUUCGUUGUUUAUGGGCCGAGUAAAGUUGACAUCAUUAAGACGGUGUUGGAUAAGCCUGAGCAGGGGCUUCCACCGUCACGCGUGCGCCCAAUUAGCCCUGGUCAGGUCUACUGGUUCACAGACGCAGAUGCCUCGGCCAAAGUCGAAUACCCCAGGACCCCCUUCAAGCUGUAGGCGCCUUGACGGAAGGUUCUGUAGGCUUUGCUGCGCUUUGUGGAUGGACGCUUGGGAAUGAGAAGAUGUAAGAUAAGGGGUGUUUAUUCCGUAUUGCCUGUGCACGUUCAUGCGUUAUCCUUGGUAUUCUUGGUAUCAUCCUCCGUAUGCGAUUACCAGUUCCCUUUUUUCAAAGAUCCCCUUAAUAUUGCUGCUGCUGUGAAUCAGAAAGUCAAUUCGGUAUCCGUCAAUGCAUCUCGUAUAAUAUGGUCGUACUGGUUCAUCAGAGUAUAUAGCACACGCGUCCUGGAUCCGCAUUACCAUAAUCCAUAAUGAUACCCCCAAAUCCAAAGUGGUAUAGACAUUCCC